UGACAUGGGAUGAAUAUGAAUAGCACUGUAAAGCUGAGAUCGUUACGGGUGCUGCAGAGGGCCAAAUUUCGCAUCGCCAAUAUGUGUGCGGAAGUGCUGCUGCUUUCCAGACGCUCACAGCUGGAGUCGCUUGGUACCGAAAUCCGCAAAGUCUAUCAAACUACCGCGUAAAGUGCCAAGAGUAUACAAGAUGGACGGUAACGCGGCACUGCAUUUCGCCAACUUUAGCACACUGUUUGUGUGCAUGGUGUUGAAAUUCCCGCAAAUAUUCGUGCUGAUGCGGGCUAAAGCGACCACUGGGUUCAGUCUGAAGAGUCUACUGCUGGAGCUGGUAGGUUUCAUCGUGUUCAUGUCGUACCAGAUGUACUAUGACUAUCCACCUGUCACAUACCUGGAGUAUCCGAUACUUGUAGCACAAGAUGUCAUUGUGCUGCUUUUGAUUCUACAUUACAACAGGAACCUGAAGCACAGCCUUGUAUAUGCAGCAGUGUUUAUUGGUGGAUGGCAGCUGCUUACAGUUCAGAAGUGGGUGAUUGAUCUAGCCAUGAGUCUUUGCACAUUUAUUAGUGCAGGCAGUAAACUGGCGCAACUUCAGUGUCUGUGGCAAUCUAAGGACUCCAGACAGGUCAGCGCUCUCACCUGGGGUCUGGCCACAUAUACAUGUCUGGCGAGGAUCUUUACUACCACGAUCACCACAGGAGACACACAAGUCCUUAUUCGUUUUGUCGUUAUGAGCAUGCUGAACUUGUGGGUAACAGCUACAGUCAUCUAUUACAAACCUCGGGCUGUGAAACAGGAUUAAGACAUGUUACUAUGGUUACAAGGUCACUUCCUGUUAUGCAGUAUAGGCUACCUAUAGGUGCAGUUAACAUCAAGAAUGAACAUCGGACGUACACCGAAUUGGAUUCAGCUCAGAUGUUAUUUAUAGCAUUUUCUGUAUUGCUGUGUAAAUGGAUGGUAAGGUUUACUGAUUUGUGGUAUAAGUUUUACACAACUUUAUAUCAUAAUGCGUUCUUAUACUCAGGGUUUUCAUAACAUAUUGGUUUAAGUAGGUUUCUCACUGGCAGUAAAAUAGUUAAAAAUAGUAUGCAUUUAAUAAUUAAAAAUAGCCUUUUAUCAAUGUAACAUAACUUCUAAUCAGACUUCCCAUGCGUGGAGAAGUCUUGCAGUGUGUUUUUGCAGCAAUUCUUUCUGACUCGUAACAAUGUUAUGAAAGUCAAUACAUUUUUACUGAUUAUCAGUUAAUGAAUCUUCCUUUAAAGGGACACUCCACUUUUUUGCUCAUUUUCCAGCUCCCCUAGAAUUAAACAUUUUAUUUAUACCAUUUUGGAAUCUAUUCAGCUGAUAUCCGGGUCUGGCGGUAGCAUUUUUAGCAUAAUUCAUUGAAUUUGAUUAGACCAUUAGCAUCGUGCUAAAAAAUAACCAAAGAGUUUCGAUAUUUUUCCUAUUUGAAACUUGACUCUUCAGAAGUUACAUUGUGUACUAAGCCUGACAAUUAAAUUAAACUCUUUGGUUAUUUUAGCGCAAAGCUAAUGGUCUAAUCAGAUUCAAUGUAUAAUGCUAAGCUAUGCUAAAAGUGGUACCGACAGACCAGCUGAAAGGAUCCCAAAACGGUAAAAAUCAAAUAUUUAAAAAAAAAGUGGAGUGUCCCUUUAACUCUUGACCUGUUCACACUUCCUAAUCAUUCCAAUGAAAUUUCUCUCCAAUAUUUACUCUUGUUUGUGACAAAAAAAGCGUUUGUAGUGUUUAUUGAUGUACAAUUAGUAACAUGUAUUCCCUACUGUGUACAACUUAUAUUAUACCUUAUUGGUUUUAGUUAAAAUACUGCAGGAACUGUAAAUUGUAUUUUCCAAUCAGUAUAUUCAAAUAGUACUACAGUUUUUUGACAGGUGCACAGUUCACAAUUAGAACAUUUAUGUUUUGAUUAUAUACCAUAGUUCACAAGGGGAUAUGUUUGCUUUUUGUAUACGUUUGUAUUGAGCAAUAUCUUUGUAGAGCAACAUGCUAAUAUACUGAAUACAGGGUUUCUGAACUUAACAUUUCAAAAAGAUUGCAGUUGAUUUUCCAGGGGCACAAGUAAUGUUUUAAAAAAUAAAAAGUUAUUUAUCUGCCA